UUAAGUAUCAACACAUUUUCUCGACUUUGAUUUAAUAUCUCGCAUUUCUCUUUAGAUUCUAGUGGGUUUGUUGUUUAUCCAUUGAUUCACUCCUCAAUUAUUGAGUUUUCAAAGAAGCCCCGUUUUAGGGUUCAAACACGCCAUCUCGAUCAAAUCAACUUGCGUGGCCUUUGAUCUAUUCUAAAUAAAAUCUUCCUUCAGAAAAGAUCAUAGCUUUAUUAUUUAUAGCCAAAGGUUUUUCUGGGAAUUUGUGAGUUUUUCCCUGAUUUUGGAGAUUUGAGAUUUCUGUCCGAGUUACAAUGGCUGCUGCUGUUGCCGGAGUUGUUGGUGGUAAUAGGUCAUGUUCUCCCUGGAUUCAAUUCAAGGACAGUGAAAAGAAGCAGAAACGUUUGAACAGAGUUAAGAUUUCUUCUUGUUGUUCUUCUUCUGUAAUGGAUCCUUAUAAGACCUUGAGAAUCCAGCCUGGUGCCUCUGAAUCUGAGGUUAAGAAAGCUUUUAGACAGCUUGCUUUGCAGUUUCAUCCGGACGUUUGCAGAGGAAGCAAUUGUGGGGUACAGUUUCACCAAAUCAAUGAGGCAUAUGAUGUAGUGAUGGAAAAUUUGAGAGGAGGAACAAAUGGAAGUGAAAUGUAUGGUGAUGAUGAAGAUGGAGGGAUUGAUGAAUCAACGAGAGGAAUGAACGAUCCAGAUUGGGAUUUAUGGGAAGAAUGGAUGGGAUGGGAAGGAGCAGGAAUCCGUGACUACUCAUCUCAUAUCAAUCCCUACAUUUGAUCAUUUUCAUUUCAUACGCCGUGGCUGCCGAACCCACCUAGUGAGAUAAGAUUUGUUGAUAUUGUUGUCGUCCCUUAGGUGGCUCUUAAUCUUCGGAAGCCAUGUUGAACUUCAACUAAUUCAAGCCGGGUAAGAUGUAUCUAGUGGUUGGUGUCCUUACUAAUUGAAGUCAAAUCAAAUCGGAUCGGAUCGAACGGGUUGGAUGCACUUGGUGGUUGGCAUUUUGCUCAUUCAAGUCAAAUCGGGUCGAUCAUAUGGAUCCAGUAGCUGGUGUGAUUCCUAAUUCAAGUUGAAUCAAGUUGAAUGGAGUGGUUGGUGUUUGCAUAUAGUCUUGGUAGGUUGAAAGUCACUCUCAUCUGAUCAAUAAUUGAUUGAAGCAGAGUGAGCAAGUGACUUAUUGUAUAUCUAUGAAUGAAAUUCAAAAAGCAAAUAAAUACUUUAUUUUCUUCAUUUGGAUAUGUCUAUCCAUCAGCUAGGCAGGGUGCUAUAUUAUGUCAAGGAACAAUAUAUUUUAUUCGUGUAAAUUAUUGAAGCUUGAAAGGGUGACACUGACCAAGUGAACAAGACAUUACCCCUGAAUUCACAAUUGUUAA